GGAGAUUGUUAGAUUAUUGGACUUAUACUACAUGUAAUAUUCACAAUAUAUUAUUUAUCGGGUUUAAUUGUAUGUUAUAUGCUAUCUUAUAUUUAGGCCCAAAAUUAGUGGUCCUAUGGAUAUUAAUUUAAGUGGGCUAAUAAGUUAUCUAAUAAGGUAUAGGGCCCAAAUGUGUAGAGACCCAUGGGCUUGACAUAAUCAAUGAUGGGCUGAUUAGGGUUAAGCACUCUCUAUAAAUAAGGGGUUAUGGUCCCUAGUUGUACACGUCAUUCCGUCUUUCUGCAUCCCAUCGCUAGAGAGAUAAUUCCCGAGGGCGUGUAUCAGCUAGAAACGCAAACCCUAGCCUCCGUCUCCCGGAUCUCCAAAGGUGAUCUUCCAUGGAGUCAGGUACGCUUCCGCUCAAGUUAAUUCUCUAGAUAAUUUCAAUAUGAAGAUUAAAGUAUUUAUGGAUUUAUUCCAACAUUAAAGGUCCAUGUCCUUAAACUUAUCAUUUUUCGUGUCGUUAUUCGUUAAUGCUCUAAAGCUUGCACUAAUAACAAAACUUCUUUUGAUUUUUCUGGCCAUGUUCAGAUUUAUCCGACCGUUCUAAAGGUGUCCGUUUCCUUUCCAGAUGAACUUUAUAGGAAUUGGAAAUAGCCUAGAAACUCUCUACUAAGUCACAUUCUUGAUUUUUUACGCAUUCUUUGAAAACAAUAGCAGUAACUUUGACAACCAAAGGCAUAUAUAACCUCCAAGCAGCUUCUUGUUGCUGGUGUUGAGACUUUCUUGGUGGGAAGUUGUGAUAGCACAGUUUGUGUAUAUAGUGGAGAUUGAGAAAUGCAGGAAGAAUUGGGCCGGGUUCUUAAUCCAGGCCUUUUCCAGGUGAAUGAAGCUUCGAGCACUGGAGAACAAAAACCCUAACCAUCAUCUAUCCCAGAAUGACGAGCUUUGUUUCCAGAAAUUCUCAGCGUGAAUAUUACAUUUAUGGUGAGUGGAUUCUAAUUACUUGUUGUCACUGUGGCCACGAGUUGAAGCUGCUUACCACAUGGAGUAGUGAAAAUCCAGGUCGGGGGUUUUUCCAAUGUCCUAACUAUGAAAGACAUGGAGGAUGCAAUUUUAUGGAGUGGUUUGACCCUCCUAUGUGUCAACGAGCCAAAAGGAUAAUUCCCGAGUUGUUGAAAAGGAUUAAUCGCCAAGAUGAAGAAAUAAGAAGUCUUGAAAUGAAACUGAAGACCAUUAAAACCCAAAGUUGGCUUUGGAUGCUCUCUCUUUUUGUUUGACUAUUUCUGGAUGGGUAUUUAAUAUAUAUGAUAUCAGUUGGAUUCAGUGCGGGUGAGCAAUGAGCUGGGAGCAGGAAAUCCAAAAUCAACAACAAAGCCCGCCGUGAGACCGGUUUUUAGGGGGUUCAAUAGGUUAUACAGAAUAGAGCCUCGGAUUUACGGGCCCCAAAUUUUUAAAAAUUUAUUAGUAUUAUAUAGUAAUAUUAUACUACCUCCGUUCUUAAAUAAAUGCAACACUUUGACUUUUACACUAUUCACAUGUUGUACUUUGGCUACGUUUUAUUUAUUAAUGUAAUUAUAUUAUUUUAUGAAAAAAAUAUUGUUAAACUUGUCUCAUUGUUAAUUUUCAUAAUCUAAUUUUUUUAAUUUUUUUACUAAUACAAAAUCAUUUAUAUUAAUGGUCAAAGUUGUGUCUCGGCAAGUGUGAAAUGUUGACCGUUGCAUUUAUUUAAGAACGGAGUAAGUAUAUUAAUACUAAUUAGUAAAAUACACGAAGGAAAAUAUAGACCUAUCAUUCUUCGUUGGUCCUUUUACUUUGAUCGUUCUCUUUUAAUGAGUAUUUAAUUGAUUUGAA